GUCGCUUUUACCGUAUGGCGGAUGCUGCUUAUAAAUAGAGUCUGAAAAGAGCUUCGCUCGAUUCCGUACUCGUGGAAAUCUGGGUGCGUUGCUCGUUGCUCGCUGCUUGUUCAGCUUCUGCCGACUCUUGAACUGCUGCAUCCUGACCUCUCAGCUGCGUCUCCUUCCCUAUCGCUUACCUCUUCUGAGACUCAGCAAGUGGCUGCAGUUGUCGACGAAGACCCUCCUCUUCCACUCUUCUGCAUGGGGGCGUUCUGCGGGAAACCCGAAUACCGGGAAAUAUAGUUCUUCUUCUGGGGGAGUGACAAGACACUUCAAGCGUCUACAUAGAUGUGGCUUCGUAGAGAUACUCGCUUGCGUGCGCUUGCAUCACCGUGGCUGUAAGUGUGUUUUUCAUGUGUCUUUGCUCGUUUGCUCGCGCGUUUCUUCUGUUUCAGUGAGCCGAGCAAGUGGACGUGAAAGUUCUUCCUGGAUUUCUUUGCCUGUGCUUUGUGUCUCGUCAGACGCCGGGCGUUUCUUGUUGGCGUCUCAACUCUCCGUAUAUAUAUAUAUAUAUAUAUGUACCUCUGCUUAUUGCCAAGAGGAAAGGCUGUUCUGGUGCCUGUGUAGUAGUGGCUCAAACAGACCGUUUUCGUUCCCCUCUGCAGCCGCAACUGUCUGCGUGGUUCUCAGUUCCUACCGACGUGUCUUUCUGGACUCGAGUCCUUCGUUUUUUCGUAUCUUUGAUGAACCGAAUCGACACGAUGUCUUCUUUUUUAGAGAGAGACUUCGUGUCUCCCUACACUGCCUUGCUGGAGAAGCCCGUGCCGUAGAGAAACUCAGAGUUCUCGUCUUUCGGACGGGUCCGUGCAUGCAUAGGUGGUUUGACAAAUCUCUUUCUCUCUGUGUUGCCUCUUCCAUCUUCUGUGGAUCUGAAAUUAAGCUGUUGGUCUUGCCUCUCCUCAGUGCCCUCGUUGCCCACGCACGCAUGCGCUCGGUCGAGGGCCGUUCUCUGACUUUUUUUAGUGCAUUUGUGCGGUCGCUGAAGAUUGGUAAAGAAACGUGAGGCUUUUUGAGUGUACAGUUGUGCCUUUGUUGUGUUUGAACACCGGGGCGCGUACCCACUUUCUUUCCUGAGCUUUCGCGGCCAGGCAGUUGGGGAGACCUAACACGACUUCUCCAACUUCGCGUCAGCACCGACUGUGGACGGCCCUCGUGUGGUGCGGUGAGCAGCGUUACCUUCUUUUUCUGAACGUCGGUCUCCCUCCCGGAGCCCCCGAGGAGAAGCACGGAGUCGCCCUGCCUCUUGGCUCGUACAGGCCGUCUCUCUUUCCGUGUCUCCCUUCGCUGUCGCGACUCGAACAUCUUCCCGCCAACUCGGUCUCUCCACCCACCUUUGCGCUUGCCGCGUUUGCCGCAGCGUCUUUUUCAGUGACGUCUUCGUUUUUUUCGCUGACUUCCUGCCUCCACCUUUCAAUCCGUAAACCUCUCUGUCCAGAGGACUCUCAAGAACAUCUCGAACCACAAAAAAGAUGCCGGGACAUGCCUCUCCUGUCUCCUCCAUGUGUGGGGAGGGCCUUCUUCUGCCGCAACAGCGUCUCUGCUCCUCGCCAGGCUUCGGUCCGCGGCAGACCCCUUCGAGCGCGCAUGCAGCCAUGGGAAGUGCCUCUCUGAGCCGAGCGGCCGCACACCACGGCUCGUACAGCUCGUCGAUGGCGCAGCUGGUCUCUUCCCAGUGCAGAAGAACCCAGUCUUGGUCUCAGGGUCAGCAACCGCACACGGGUCGGCGGGGCAGUUUUGCGAGUAUUCCCCCGCAGUCACUUAGUCACCAGAAGGCGAAGCAGUUGGAGCAGCAGAGCCGGCCGGCUCAACUGCGCGACUCUGCGUGGUCUUCCCACCACCACAAACUGCAUGAUUUGGUGGAGGCGAUAAAACACCCUCUGUCUCACAGUACGCAGUCCACGCGUAUUUCAACUUCCAGCUUGCACAUUGGUGAGUGCCCGGAGGUUCCAGAACAUAAGGCGACCUUUGCAAUGAAGCGAACGGGGACGCUCAAGUGGCAGGAGACGCUAGCGGAGGAAGACGAAGAGCGUGGAAUGGACGCAGCCGAGGAGCCUCAGAAGGAGAAGAAGGUCUCGUUCGGGAAGAACCACAGCGCGCCAAAUCUCAUGCGAAGACGUGGGCACGGGGCUGAGGGGGCGUUUCGAGCUGUAGGAGGAAUCAACGUUUUGCCUGUGACUCUGGAGACGGAUGCUUCGCCGCAGACAAGCUCAGAAAGCACGUCGACUGCGUCCACCUUCUCCACCACGAGCUCCUACCCCUGCAGCUUGGCUUCGCUCUCUGGCGCAGAUUCAGAUACUUCGGCCGCGUCGCCGAGAAAGUCCCGGGAGGCCUCUGCUGACGAGGUCCGACGCUUCGAGAGCAGCUCUCCCACAACGCUCUCCACCUCCUCCCUGGCCUCCAACUCGACCGUGAAGAGGAACUUCGCGUGGUACUCUUUCAAGGCUAAACUGCGCAACCGCAAGUGAAAGCGGAUGUUUGCGGGAGGUCGUGGACGCGCCGAUACGGCGCAGCGCCGAGUAGAGAAGACAAAGUCGCUGAAGAGAGGAGUGAAAGGGCAAGAAGCGAAUCGCCGUAAAAGACGCCAACUGGACGUGUAUGCACACACGGACGCUUGAGGCAACGACGCUUGACAUGUACGCAGAGGUUCACUUGGGGGGGGGGGUGCGGCCACCUUCACAUACGAAGGCUCGGAGGAGUUUCCUGAAGGGAGACAUCGACGCAGAGGCGCGUGUGCGUUUGAGUCGAUCUAGAAAGAGCUUUUCUUCAGGCAGAAAAUGAGUCGAGGGGCGGUAGUCUAGAGUUGUCGGUCUUCGACCCAGGACGCGCCCGUGGUUCCCGACGCCGGGAAAAAACAGGUUGAUCACAAAGUCUGGGGGUGGCGGGGACGAGCUAGCUACGUGACAUGUCAGUCAAAAGCGGGUGAUCUAGAUGAGGGGAGAGAACUCACCGAAUGAACUUUGCUCGCAACGUGCACCGAUCUUAGCUCGAUUUCCACAACAGGUCGGUUUGCGUGAGGAUCCCACUUAUUUUUUGAGUUUUUGCAGAAGCGAGAACCCAAAAUAUCCAAAAAAUCGCGUAGCUGGAUGCGACGAUGUCCUUUGUUGUGACGGGAUAAGGUACGAUCGCAGACAGCAGCCCCACCUAUUUUUCUGAUAGUGUGUGUGGACACCCGAAAACGUGUGUGCGAAGUCUAGACUUGUAGGUGCAUCUGUGUGUUCGUGCACAGUGCACAGCGAUCUUUGCGGAGAAACCCGUGAAUAAAGACGCGAAAUAAGUGGAGUAACGUGGGAUGAGGACCAGCGGCUGUGGUAUAUAUGGGGUACAGGAAAGACGGGGGACAGUCAUGGUGUCGUCCGUAUUUCUGCAUGGCAAGGCGCCUGCAUGAGCGCAUGUGCGUACAGACUCGCUUGCGAGUGGCAUUUUGCGGUCUUCUGGAAUUAGAACCACUAGUCGGCAAAGCGGGAAGCGAACGUGGGGUAUCAGCGAGUAGAAAAAGCGGGGAAAGCAAAGCGCGAAUUUCGCGAGACACGAGGCGACGGGUCCGCAACUGAGUGGUCUCGGAUUUUUUAAAGUUGAGAAAUGCAUUCCGCACACUCUUUUUUGGUCCUGGAUCGCAUUUGGAAGGCGACGCAUACGUGUUGCACAAAACAGAGACGCGCAUGCACGUCGUGCCGCGACCAACGGGGUUGAACAGACAAUCCAGUCGACACGGCGAAAAAACGAACAACAAACACAACGGAUGUAAAUUCUCGUCACUGAUGCGAAAGCAAAGCGACAGAAAAAAAAGCAAAUCGCGGAUCGCCGGUGAUCCUGGCAGCUCUCCAUUUAACCUCGUGAUUCCGCUUCGGAGGCAUGCCUUCUUACCUAGUCUGCCACAAGAUAGUGGACAGCCCAAAGAGAACACACUUGUUGAACAGAGCGCGUGCGCAGCCCACGGUUGAGACACUCGUGCAGACAGAACAAACAGAAACUAUGCUUACCAACUUACUAAAAUACAGGUAUAUACAUAUACACGCGUCGCGACGGACCACGUGUGAGCGCGGGG